GUAAAGAGUGAUUAUAUGAGCUACUAUAUCCUUCCUGGAAGCUCGAACCAAUUUGGGCCUGCAGUGAUUUCUGAUAGUGUGCAGUGUCGGAUAAGACCAGAUGCCAGGACACUAUUAGGAGAAAAGAUCAACGUCAUCACGGUGUAUCUUGAGCGAGGCAGACAGGAGCAGGACACAGAGAAACAAAGUGCCACAAUGCUGACUGAUGAGGUUUCACAAAUACACGAGGUGAGAUACUGCCUGAAGACUCUAAGGGAACGGAUGGCAGCCCGACAUAAUAACAAUAACAAGAGUCCAGUCAGUGAGAUUCAAGUUGAUAUGUCCAGCAGCAAAUCCCCCGUCUCCAACACCAGUGUGGACGCACCUGUCCCUGAGAGCCAGGAGCAGGAGUGUGUGAGGUUGAGAGAGAUGACCAAACAUCUGUAUGCUCAGCUGCAGGAGGUAGAAAAGAGACACCAGGAGGACAGAGAGGCGUUACAGGCAGAGAACAGAGAGAACCUGCGGUGUCUGGAGGAGCAAAACGAGCAGCUGCAGCAGGCCUGGAGUGAGGCAGAGGGGCAGGGCCAACACAUCGAUGAGCUAAAGAUACUUAUAGGAAAUCUGAAGCUUGAGAACGCGAGCCUUUGUGAAAAAAUGGCUGCAGGCGAGGCUGAACUUCAGGAACUCCGAGCACUGAAGGAUGGGGAAGAUGGGAAAAGAUGUAAACAGCUGCAGAAAGAGCAGGCAGCUCUGAAGGAGAAAAUCCAUCACCUCGAUGACAUGCUGAAGAGUCAGCAGAGGAAAGUGAGACACAUGAUCGAGCAGCUUCAGAACUCUCGGACUAUGAUGGAGGAGAGAAACCGUGUGAUUUGUGAUCUCAAAGAAAAAGUGUCUUUUCUGGAGGCAGAGAACAGAGAGAUGCAGGACCAGAUAGAGUUCUGUCUGGGAGAUCAGAAACCCAGCUCCUUUCAGUCUGAGAAGGAAGCUCAGAUUGUCUACAGCAAGACUCUGACACCAACGAGAGCUGGAAACAAGUCUCUGCCCUUCAUCAAAGUAAUCGAGCUCAAGUCCUGAGCAGAUACAGAGAGGAACGUGAGGCAUGCAGUUACACAAUGUUGCUGUACAGACAGAAAUCAACCUCAUUUAAAGAACAGCUUAAUAGUGUCUUUAGUAAAAUAAACACUACUCAUCAAUAAUACUGUUUUAAUGAUGAUAACUUGUUGCACACAGGAUCACAGUUCAGACAAAAACUGUUUAAACUAUUUACAAACUAUGUAAAUAGAAGUGUGUGUGUGUGUGUGUGUGUGUGUGUGUGUACACAGUAUGAAUAUAAUAAUGCUGGUUAAAUAAGCGCUAGUCCUAACUAUCCUGCCAGGUCCCAUAUUAAAUGUGAAAUAUAAACACCUCCUGCUGUUAAUAAAAGCUGUAUAGUUAAUAUUUUUAUAUAUAUUAUGAUGUAGUUCUGUAUUUAUAUCAUGAAUUUUGUGGGUCCAAAUAAAGUUAAAUGAAAGUCA